UAUUUCUCUUACAUCAGCCGUCUGACCCGUAUGACUUUGUUAGAAGAAUCUAAAUGCAUAUGAGACUGUGACCAAAACCAGCAGGAACAUUUCCCACAAAAGUGGUUACUUUUGAUUCUCUAAGUAUAUUUUGCUUUACUCGGGCUUUACUUGGUGUAUUUUUACACUGUGGCACUUGCGCUUAAAGUCCUGUCAGUUAUUUUAUAGACAUCUCCCGCUUAAACACUGUAUAGGGCGCACAAAAAAAAACAAUGAAGGAGUUUCUAUAUGCAUUCUUGUGGUAUGCCUUUUUAGUUUGUUUACUCAACAGAGGUCAAGUGAUGGACUGACCAUAGCAUUCCUUUGUCUACCUAGGUGUGGUUCACUUCUCACGAUUCAGUUAAUGCGUUUUGUAAUGGGAGACAGCGGCUCAUUGUUCUCAGAAUGAGACACAAAAUGUUAGGAGUUCAAGGAGUCACUGCCGUCACACUUUACAAUGCCAGAAAAUAAUCUUGUUCUCAUACACCACAUUUAAAUGUUUUAUUUUUAAUUUUUUCAAAGACACUCAGACCUCCUGUCUCCAGGCUUCAGAGGAGAGGUGUGCGACGGAUGAUGCAUUUCCAGCCCACAGUUAACUUCACCCAUUUAAGCAGCAAGAGCAAGAUGUACUCCAACGUUGUGAUGCUGGAUCAUAUGAAAAUCUAUCUGUAUGUCUGCCACAAGUAAGUUUGUUGCAGCCCAUUUACUUGCAUCACAUGAAUCUAAUACCUCUUUUGAGACCCUGAAACCAAGAGUCAACUUCAUAGCCAAAUGAAAAUUGGAAAGAUAGCAAUAGAUCUUCAGUGUUAAUGGUUUUUAAAUGUUUUUGUUUAUUUGCUUGUUGAUUGUAGCUCCACCUUUGAAUACAGUUUAGAAACAUCCCCAAAAACUGGCAGGACCUUGGCCGGAGGUCACCGAAGAAAUGCUGGGGGUGUGGGGGGGGGGGACCUAUGACGCCACACGUGUAUUGUAUUCUGUGCAAAUAGCAUGCUAGAAGGUUGACACAUCCACUUUGGUGUAUUGUUUUCUAUGCUGCUCUACAUCCUAACGGUGGCAAAAAAAAAAAUGUCAGUAAACUCCUUUUCACAGGAAAGUCAGCGUGCUGCCAAACCCUCUAAUUUUACCAUAAACAAAAACAUUUCCUAUGUAUCGCCCCUAUUUCCCCCGAUUGUACCUAUCCUGUUUAUGAGAAGUAGAAAGUCUCUGGAGGAAAAUUAAUGCUAUCCCCUUGCUUUGUUGUUUUAUUUCAUUGCGCAUGUGCACAAUAAAUGAAUACAAAGAGCAUGCCAUCAAACUAUUAGCAAAAUUAUUUUCCCUUUUUAUGUUGACCCCUUCUGGAUAAUAUAAACACAAGGAAAGUGCAAACAUAAGUCAUUUUGAUAUUUUUUAAAUUGGACUGCAUGAUCACACAGGUCAUAUCAACAGACGCAAAGCCUUGAAGCUUGCAUGUCUAAACUAUAAGCAGAUACUGUUGUCCACACCCUAGCCCCAGUUUUUUUUUUUCCUCCAAAGAGACUGGACUUUUUAAAGUCAGCCUAUUCCCGUAAAACAUUUACCGAGUUGUUUCAACAAUGACUAAUUACUGCUAAAUGUAAAUAUCUAAGCCCGGAUGGAUGAAAAGGAAAUCCUUCUGAAGUGGAAAGAAAAGUGUGGUACAUAAACCCCGGAGUACACAGCGUUUCGAGCAUUUCCUUAGUGCAAUCAAGUGGCUGGACAACAAAAUGACAUCAGAGCAGAGUGUAAAAAAAGGAAACAAACGGUAAAAACAAAACCAUAUCCACCAACUGGAAGCACUUUGAGAGCAUGCAACAAAAAAACAAAAACAAAACAAAACAGAAAAACAAUGGGUUUAAAAUGAUUUUUUAAAUUAAUGUAAACAGGAAUUAAUCACUUUUAUUGGGAGAAUAUUUCCAUUCUUCUGUGGGACAGGUUCUAUGUUACAACAUUAAAAUAACCUGUGUUUCAGCUGCAGUUUUCGCCAAGAGAAGAACUGUUAGACUGGUCUUCAGCCACUGGCAGUUUCACUGUGUGUUCACACAUGGUUCAAGUGUCAGCAACUAUAGCAAACUAGCUUUCACGUAUGCAACAGAAGCAAGAAUUCAGAUCACCAGCAGACAGGAAAGGAGAAACUCUGACCCGUCACUUGGCCUCUGCAGGUCACUGUCUGACUGAGGCAUGCGCGAGAAAGCUGUUAAAACACUUUGUUUGGAGGAAGGGAGUCACAUGAGCGAAGCUUCGUAUACAAUCGAGAGCUGUAAAUUGUCCCUGACGUGAUGUGGUCCUGGUUAUCCAUUGACAGGCGAACCUUGGUGCUGAUGCAUCAUGCCGUGGCCACAGAGCAGUCCUGUGACAGCUUGAGGAAUCUAUGCACAAGAGUAAGAGGCUCGGAUGAUCCGAGUGACAAACAAAUCUAUUCACAGGCUGUAUGAGCUCCAAUGCAGAUCUUACUGGAGGCUGCCAUUUCUGGGAUCUAAAUGGCAUCACAGUUUUUAAAUGCUACACGUUUACUGUGUUUUAACAGUUGCUUUGUGAGCAACUAAACAAAACACAAUUGUUUGUCCUUUCCAUCUGCUGAUGGUGUGUUUUUCAAAAGCACAAAUACAGUCACACUUAAACAGGUGAUAAAGUGGCCUUCGAGAUCUCCUUUAAUUUAAUACAAAUUCAACAGGUGUUUAUCUACUUUAUUAACCCGUAGGCUCAUCGUGCAAAAUUUAAUGCUAAGUAUACAAUCAGCUGACAGUGUUGUGCUGAUCUGAAAUAUGCCCAUGAAAUGUAAACAUGUUACGGCUGAAUUGUGCUGCUGCCAAACAAACAAACAGCACAUUAGCUAGUUCACUGACUGCAUUGGAACCGUUUACUAAGUUAGUUUACUGCUAUAAAUAGAGCUCGUCAGUGCUGAAAGACUGAAAACAGUAGUCUCUCUGUCCCAGCAGUGAUUUCCCUGGUGUUUGAACAGCAGGAGAGUCCGGGGACCUGAACUCAGGCUAAUUAGCUAAUUCAUCAGCCCCAAGGGGAAUGACAUGUGAUUAAAUCCAGCCAACAACCGUCACUUUUCUAUGUAGCAUCAGUUGUCUUGACUUUCUCUACACCCUUAGCAGUUUCUCACAUUAUGUAUGCAUUAUGCAUUAUGUAUAAACUCAGGGAACAUCCAUUCUGGUGAAUUAUAUGGUAAACUGUAAACACAAAAACAGACAGUCUCAGGCCUGAGUUCAGCAAAACAAACCAUAGGCUUACAAGGACAAGCACAAGAAUACUGCACCCAACAUCACAUUUAAAUCAGACUACUUUAUUAUUAUUUAUUAGUAUUAAAUUGGUAUUUCUAUUUAAUUGUACAUGAUAUAGUCAAAUAUGUAAUUUUCUACCCCACUUUUUUUGAAAACCACAUUUUGCAGAUUAUAAAAUAAAACUUCGCCGUAACUUGUGUGCAAUGACAAUUAAGGUUAUCUUCUCCUUCUACACUAUGCUCUCAAAUACAUUCAAAUAUUAAAUAACACACAAGUUAGUUAAAUGAGCUGCAUUUCUAAAUUUGCUUCACACAAAGAGUGAGCACAUACAAUAAUGUACCACACAUAAGUAUCUCUACAUUAAGUUCUAAAUACGUUUGUUAAUGCACAUGACAUUUACCUGUUGUGGAGUUUAAGUUAAGUACAAUUUAAAUUGGAUAUUUCUGCAAUUCAUAUUUUAUUUAUUUAUUCUUUUUUUUUUUCCAGUCGGUGAUUACAAAUGAUAGGCGCUUCACUGACAAGUUAUCGAUCAAGGAGAGCCCUCUGGUGCUGAAAUACUCACACAACAGAGGAAGGAAUUUUCAGUUUUCUUACAGGUCAUUUGUACAGCGUUUAACUACAGCUGUUGUGUUAUUUGAGAAACACUCAAUCAAGACACUCUACUUAUACAGAAGAAUCGAAAAACAUAAGAAAUGGCAAUUAUUUUAUUUUUAACUUAAAACUGGGUCCCUCCUCAAUUUUAUAACAGUCUGUCGUCAUUGCUCUGCUGUUGCUAUAGUUACCUACUAACAAACUACCGGCAAGAGGUCGAGAGGGAAAUUUUUGGUCUUGCCUGCUACUACAAAUGUAACGUUCGGUUUCUAUGGGAGAUUCCAAAACUGAGUCAUUCGGUAAUAGGCUACAAAUAAACAUGUCGCGAAGAAACACGCGGCCCGUUUUCCCAUGGUACAAAGAGAGGUUACAAACAAAGUAUCUUAAAAACCCAACAAGCAAACAGUCCUUCGUCAGCAGUUCUUGGCAUUUUGGAAACACGAGCCCCAGUGACUGCUCAUCAGCUUUUCUUGGGGCCCAGGGAGGAGUCUCACCAGGUAUUUUCGAGGACCCUUCACAUCAAAACUCUCACCAUAAGCCUAAAAAGAGCAUUUCUAAAGAGCAAGCCUGCUUCUCAAAGCAAAUGAUCCAGAAGCAGGUUCGCAGGGAUUAUGUGGCUUCAUUGGAGGAGAAACUCAAAAAGCAUCCUCUAGCCAUGUACCCACACUACAAAGAUCACAUGACCCCAGAGUUAUUUGACCAGGUGGUAUCCAUUCUGGACCCAGAUAUGUGCGUGAACAACAUGUCUGAACUUCCUGCAACUACAGGGGACCAUUCAGAGAAGGAAGAUGAGGAAGACUGUUGAAAGCUGAGCAAAGUACAUGGUCCAAAACAUGAAAUCUAACAAUAAAAUGCAUGUACACUCUCAGUUCCAUUUGUAGUAUUUACAUAUACAGUAUGUACAUAUAAUCUGAAAUACUUGGUAAGAUUAUUCAAUUAAAAAUGGAAAAUAAAGGAAUAAAUCAACAAUUGUUUCUAUAAUAAGUCUUACCAUUAUUAAUCAAUCAUCUUACAGCAGCCCUGACCACCAAAAUCAAAGUCUCAGAAACCCUUACAUUACAAAUGAAAAGAAUUGAUAUCAAAAACGGCCUGGCUGUCCCAGUAAACACCCAUGAGAACAUGAAGUCAGUUGCCUGACUUUUCGGGAAGUGAUUUGUCCAGUAAGGGCAAGUCUGAUCCUGUGAGAAAGCUGAGAAAAUAACAUGAAUGCUAUUGUUGUGUCAGUUACACAAAAAUAAUAUAGGGUUAAGAGGAUGAUACAAGAGAAUUAUGUGGCCUUUUGCAGGAUGAAGAGAUAUUCUGAAAGCUUGUCACCAACUUUCCCCAGAACAGCUUCGAGGGUCAAGGAUGAAUUCCUCUCACGGCCACAGGCACAAUGAACAGUUACGUUUAAUUGUCCAGAUCAAAAGAAGGCACAUGAACAGUAAAAGUCACAAAAGUAUUAAGACCUCAAAUAUUAGCAGGCCACAUGUCUUAAGAGUUGGAAAUCCACAUGAGAUAAGGAAUCCCAUCUAGCACACAAUCUUAAACAAAGUAUCAAAACAAGUAUAGAGGAGACAAGGAUAAUUAACUUCAAUCUGUAAGCAGAGGAGGGCAGAUGCUUUACAGUUGACAGAGUGCCUCAAAUUAGUUUGUGUCUCCACUUUAAAGUGUCUUACUGCCAACUAUGUAUUCCCACUUAUUAUAUUUGUAUCAAGCUUUUUGUACUGUGUAUAAAGUAGGGUAUGACUGAAGUUUGUGCUUAAAUGCCCAAAAGCAUGAUAUUUCUAUUUCUUGAAUGAAUAUUCUGUGUAUCAGCGUUCAUAACUAAUGACACACUUAAAACACACAAAACUGCACAUUUUAUUAAAACAUUAUUUAAACAAUAGACAUUAAAAAUAUACCUGAUAUUAAUUUAAUUAUAUAUAAACUUUUUUUGUCAUGGACUGUGAUCUGUUAGUGAAGAGCUUUCUGUAAGACAGAAGAGGUGCAGUCAUUAAAUUCAUUUUUCCUGUA